AUGGAGCCCGGAGGUUUUGGGACUGAUAUCCAGCCAUCCAGGUAUUCAGGUUCCAGCGCAACAGCAGAAAUUAGCCAUUUAUAACAUGUUUGUGUUUCCGGACUCUGACCAACAACCAGCCCGAAUAACAGUCCAAUCUAUCCGUUUCUUCCGAUUAGCAAACUUUAACACCCUGUAGCCUGCUUCUGCUUCUUCUUUAGGGUUUAAUGGAGGAUGUCUCGCCCUGUAGCCUGUGAAUUCUGACUCAGCCACGCGCCUCUCUGCGUAUUUCCUGGUUAAAGUUUAGUUUCACUUUCCAUGAAGACGUAGCGCAGUUAGUUUUUCUCCGUCUGAACCUCCAGAUGAAGGUGAAAGUGGAUGUGAGUUGAGCAGCAUGAGUCAGUGUGAGGACAGAGAGGAGGGAGUCCCUCCCUCUAAAAGCACUCUGUGUGGGGAACAUGACAGCCAGACCAGGACCUAUGGGAGACCAGACUUCGCUGGACCUGGACCUGGACCUGAGCCCAGCUGUGUGUCCUUCAAGAGUGACUUGUCAACGGAACGCUUCAUUGAUUUUAAACAAGGACUUGUAUCUGACAGACGGACCUAUGGGAGACCAGACUUCGCUGGACCUGAGCCCAGCUGUGUGUCCUUCAAGAGUGACUUGUCAACGGAACGCUUCAUUGAUUUUAAACGAGGACAUGUAUCUGACAGAUGGACCUAUGGGAGACCAGACUUCGCUGGACCUGAGCCCAGCUGUGUGUCCUUCAAGAGUGACUUGUCAACGGAACGCUUCAUUGAUUUUAAACGAGGACUUGUAUCUGACAGACUGAGAUAUGGGAGACCAGACUUCGCUGGACCUGGAUCUUGUCUUGGACCUAAACCUGGACUCACCUGUGUGUCCUUCAAUAGUGGUUGUUCGAAUGAGCGCUUCAUUGAUUUUAAAAGACGACUCCCCUCUGCUGCAAUGAGGACCUAUGGGAGACCAGACUCUGCUGCACCUGGCCUUGAACCUGAACCCAGCUGUGUGUCCUUCAAGAGCGAUUGGUCCAAUGAACGCUUCAUUGAUUUUAAAGGGCAUCAACUCUCUGCUGCAAAGAGGAGGAAGCCGGAAAAACCAGAACCCAGCUGUGUGUCCAUGAAGAGUGACUGGUCAAAUGAACGCUUCAUUGAUUUUAGAACACGACAGCGCUCUGCUGCAAAGAGAGUUUACCAGGAGAGUUCAGAGGUUCCCAUUGGUCAGUCUGUCCAGCAGCAUCAAACACACCUGGACUCCAUAUUUAUGCUGCUGGAGGAGAAAAUGAAAACCUUUAUGAAUAAUGAAUUGAAGAAGAUCAAGAAUGUUCUGAGUUCAGAUUACCCAGAAUGCUUAGAGAGUCAGAGUGAGGAUGAGGAGGUGUUGGGUGGUGAGAAUCAAGAGCAGAGAAGGAGCAGCAGAGAGACAUUUCUGAAGCUCACACUGCACUUCCUGAAGACAAUGAAGCAGGAGGGGCUGGCUGAGCGUCUGCAGAGCAGAACUCCUGCUUCAGUUUGUCAGCGUGAACUUAAAUUUAACCUGAAGCAGAGGUCACAGUGUGUGUUUGAGGGGAUUGCUAAAGCAGGAAACCCAACCCUUCUGAACCAGAUCUACACAGAGCUCUACAUCACAGAGGGAGGGACUGCAGAGGUCAAUGAUGAACAUGAGGUCAGACAGAUUGAAACAGCAUCCAGGAAACUAGACAGACCAGAAACAACAAUCAGACAAGAAGACAUCUUUAAACCCUCACCUGGAAAAGAUCGACCAGUCAGAACAGUGAUGACAAAGGGAGUGGCUGGCAUUGGGAAAACAGUCUUAACACAGAAGUUCACUCUGGACUGGGCUGAAGACAAAGCCAACCAGGACAUACAGUUCACAUUUCCAUUCACUUUCAGAGAGCUGAAUGUGCUGAAAGAGGAAAAGUACAGCUUGGUGGAACUUGUUCAUCUCUUCUUUCCUGAAACCAAAGCAGCAGGAAUCUGCAGGUUUGAAGAGUUCCAGGUUGUCUUCAUCUUUGACGGUCUGGAUGAGUGUCGACUUCCUCUGGACUUCCACAACACUAAAAUCCUGACUGAUGUUACAAAGUCCACCUCAGUGGAUGUGCUGCUGACAAACCUCAUCAGGGGGAACCUGCUUCCCUCUGCUUGCCUCUGGAUAACCACACGACCUGCAGCAGCCAAUCAGAUCCCUCCUGGGUGUGUUGACAUGGUGACAGAGGUCAGAGGGUUCAAUGACCCACAGAAGGAGGAGUACUUCAGGAAGAGGUUCAGAGAGGAGGAGCAGGCCAGCAGAAUCAUCUCCCACAUCAAGACAUCACGAAGCCUCCACAUCAUGUGCCACAUCCCAGUCUUCUGCUGGAUCUCUGCUACAGUUCUGGAGGAGGUGUUGAAGACCAAAAGGAGAGGAGAGCUGCCCAAGACCCUGACUGAGAUGUACAUCCACUUCCUGGUGGUUCAGUCCAAAGUGAAGAAUGUAAAAUAUAAUGGAGGAGCUGAGACAGAUUCAACCUGGAGUCCAGAGAGCAGGAAGAUGAUUGAGUCUCUGGGAAAACUGGCUUUUGAGCAGCUGCAGAAAGGAAACCUGAUCUUCUAUAAAUCAGACCUGACAGAGUGUGGCAUCGAUAUCAGAGCAGCCUCAGUGUACUCAGGAGUGUUCACGCAGAUCUUUAAAGAGGAGAGAGGGCUGUACCAGGACAAGGUCUUCUGCUUCGUCCAUCUGAGCGUUCAGGAGUUUCUGGCUGCUCUUCAUGUCCAUCUGACCUUCAUCAACUCUGGUGUCAAUCUGCUGGAAGAAGAACAAUCAACCUCCCAGAAGUCUGAAACAACAAAAGAUGAAUCUGCAGUGACACAGUUCUACCAGAGUGCAGUGGACCAGGCCUUACAGAGUCCAAAUGGACAUCUGGACUUGUUCCUCCGCUUCCUCCUGGGACUUUCACUCCAGACCAAUCAGACUCUCCUACGAGGCCUGCUGACACAGACAGGAAGUAGCUCAGAAACCAAUCAGGUAACAGUCAAGUACAUUAAGAAGAAGAUCGAAGAGACUCCCCCUGCAGAGAGAAGCAUCAAUCUGUUCCACUGUCUGAAUGAACUGAAGGAUCGUUCUCUAGUGGAGCAGAUCCAACAGUACCUCAGUUCAGGAAGUCUCUCCACAGAUAAACUCUCUCCUGCUCAGUGGUCAGCUCUGGUCUUCAUCUUACUGUCUUCAGAAAAAGAUCUGGAUGUGUUUGACCUGAAGAAAUACUCUGCUUCAGAGGAGGCUCUUCUGAGGCUGCUGCCAGUGGUCAGAGCCUCCAAGAAAGCUGUACUGAGUGGUUUUAACAUCUCAGAAAGGAGUAUUGAAGCUCUGUCCUCAGUUCUCAGCUCCCAGUCCUCCAGUCUGAGAGAGCUGGACCUGAGUAACAACAACCUGCAGGAUUCAGGAGUGAAGCUUCUGUGUGCUGCAGUGGAAAGUCCACAUUGUACACUGGAAACUCUCAGACUGAUUAGCUGUAACAUCUCAGACAGGAGUCUUGAAGCUCUGGUCCCAGUUCUCAGCUCCCAGUCCUCUAGUCUGAAAGAACUGGACCUGAGUAACAACAACCUGCAGGAUUCUGGAGUGAAGCUGCUGUCUGCGGCAUUGGGAAGUCCACAUUGUACUCUGGAAACUCUCAGUCUGUCAGGCUGUCUGAUCACAGAGGAAGGCUGUGCUUCUCUGGCCUCAGCUCUGAGCUCCAACCCCUCCCAUCUGAGAGAGCUGGACCUGAGCUACAAUCAUCCAAGAGACUCAGGAGUGAAGCUACUGUCUACUGGACUGGAAAGUCCUCACUGGAGACUAAAUACUCUAAAACUGAGUAGCUGUAACCUCUCAGAGAGAAGCUGUGAAGCUCUGUGCUCAGUUCUCAGCUCCCAGUCCUCCAGUCUGAGAGAGCUGGACCUGAGUAACAACAGCCUGCAGGAUUCAGGAGUGAAGCUGCUGUCUGCAGGACUGAGGAGUCCACACUGUAAGCUGGAAAAACUCAGACUGAGUCUCUGUAACCUCUCAGAGAGAAGCUGUGAAGCUCUGUGCUCAGUUCUCAGCUCCCAGUCCUCCAGUCUGAGAGAGCUGGACCUGAGUAACAACAACCUGCAGGAUUCAGGAGUGAAGCUGUCUGUCGGACUGCAGAGUCCACACUGUAAACUGGAAACCCUCAGGCUGUCAGGCUGUCUGAUCACAGAGGAAGGUUGUGCUUCUCUGGCCUCAGCUCUCCCCUCCCAUCUGAGAGAGCUGGACCUGAGCUACAAUCAUCCAGGAGACUCAGGAGUGAAGCUGCUGUCUGCUAAACAGGAGGAUCCACACUGCAGACUGGACACUCUCAGGGUGGAGCCUGCUGGAGUCCGAUGGUUGAAACCAGGUCUGAGGAAGUAUUCCUGUGAACUCACACUCGACAUAAACACAGCAAAUCAAAAUACCAAGCUGUCUGACAACAACAGGAAGGCGACACAUGUGCAGGAGAAUCAGUCAUAUCCUGAUCAUCCAUACAGGUUUGACUUCUGGUCUCAGGUGAUGUGUACAACUGGUCUGACUGGUCGCUGUUACUGGGAGGUCGAGUGGACAGAAAAAGUUACUGUAGCAAUGAGUUACAGAGGAAUCAGCAAGAGUGGAAGCUCUGAAUACAGCUAUUUUGGAGGGAAUGAUAAGUCCUGGAGACUGGACUGCUCUACAGAUGGUUACUCUGCCUGUCACAAUGACAGAGGAACAGACAUCUCCACCUCCUCUGUCUCUAACAGAGUAGGAGUGUAUCUGGACUGGCCUGCUGGCUCUCUGUCCUUCUACAGAGUCUCCUCUGACACACUGAUCCACCUCCACACCUUCAACGCCACAUUCACUGAACCUCUUUAUCCUGGCUUUGGGUUCUGGCUCAACCCUUAUUCUUCAGUGUCUCUGUGUUCUCUGUAGGAGGGAGAAUCUGGUCCUGUUGGAGAACAGAUCAGUUGAGUCGUACAGGAUCACAGUUGCAGAGGUCUUUCAGGUUCUUCUUAUAAAUUCAUCAAUGAAUCAAAGUGAUUCCUCAUUUACAUUGUUAACAUCGUCCACUUCUGGUCCUUUAAAGAUAAAAGCUCUGAUCAUUAAAUGAUGGAAAUGAUGUUGACUUGUACCUUCUGCCCCUUUAAUAUCCUUCUGAUGUUUUUGAAUGUGGUUGUUUUAUCUUAACAUUUAUAAUUUUUUGCUUGCUGUAUGUCAUAUCGAUAUAUCUCUAUAUCUAUAUAUCUAUAUCUCUAUAUUUAUCGAUCGAUCUAUCUAUAUAUCUAAAUAGCUAUGUAUAUAGUAUCAUAAAAGGGCUAAAUGUCCAAUUGUUAACAAAAUAAAGAAUGUCAGAGCUCUUCUUCA